AUGCCGUCCCUUACACUACCUCCCUCCGACAAUCCAACACCUGCGUAUUCCGCUCUCCUGUCUAGUCCAACACCUGCGUAUUCCGCUCUCCUGUCUAGUCCAACACCUGCGUAUUCCGCUCUCCUGUCUAGUCCAACACCUGCGUAUUCCGCUCUCCUGUCUAGUCCAACACCUGCGUAUUCCGCUCUCCUGUCUAGUCCAACACCUGCGUAUUCCGCUCUCCUGUCUAGUCCAACACCUGCGUAUUCCGCUCUCCUGUCUAGUCCAACACCUGCGUAUUCCGCUCUCCUGUCUAGUCCAACACCUGCGUAUUCCGCUCUCCUGUCUAGUCCAACACCUGCGUAUUCCGCUCUCCUGUCUAGUCCAACACCUGCGUAUUCCGCUCUCCUGUCUAGUCCAACACCUGCGUAUUCCGCUCUCCUGUCUAGUCCAACACCUGCGUAUUCCGCUCUCCUGUCUAGUCCAACACCUGCGUAUUCCGCUCUCCUGUCUAGUCCAACACCUGCGUAUUCCGCUCUCCUGUCUAGUCCAACACCUGCGUAUUCCGCUCUCCUGUCUAGUCCAACACCUGCGUAUUCCGCUCUCCUGUCUAGUCCAACACCUGCGUAUUCCGCUCUCCUGUCUAGUCCAACACCUGCGUAUUCCGCUCUCCUGUCUAGUCCAACACCUGCGUAUUCCGCUCUCCUGUCUAGUCCAACAUCAAAGUAA